AUGGUGCCGGAGGUUCAGUACUCUUCGGGUUCUAGUCACAAUGACAAAGAGCCAACUGCUUUGAACUCUGCUGCCUUUGAUGUUGAACAACAGGCAGUUGCUGAGGCUCACCUUCGGAACACCACUAUUAAAAGCAUUGCUUGGAAGGGUGUCAAAGUUACUGUCAAGGAUAGGAAAACGAAACUCCCAAAGAGCAUAGUUGACGAUGUAGAAGGCGUUGUCGAGGCUGGAGAACUGUUUGCUAUCAUGGGCCCCUCCGGAUGCGGAAAAACAACUCUUCUCAAUUUCCUUGCCUCACGACCAACAGGCCCGUCAUCCUCUACAUCUGGAAAGAUUCUAGUGAACGGUAACCCCAUGGAUUCCCGGUCUCUCACUCUCUUCCACCGCACUACAAGCCGCUUUGUUGAGCAAGAAGAUACGAUGAUCGGUUCCCUAACCGUGCGGGAAACGCUUCAUUUCGCGUCCCGGCUGGCGACUGCUAGCUCCUCCUCUGAACGGAUCUCCCGGGUGGAGGGUUUGCUUGAUGCAUUUGGACUGCGGGAGCAAGCCAACACCCUGGUUGGCACGCCGCUUAGGAAGGGCAUCAGUGGCGGCCAAAAGAGAAGACUCGGGGUCGCGAGCCAGCUGAUUACUGGGCCAAAAGUGCUGUUCUUGGACGAACCUACCAGUGGGUUGGACUCGGUGGCCGGGUGGGAGGUGGUGAAGUAUCUAAGGGGGGUAACGAAGAGGAACAAUUUGAUUGUCAUCGCUUCGAUUCAUCAGCCUAGUACGGCCACUUUCAACCUUUUUGACAAGUUGUUGCUCAUGUCACACGGAAAGAUGCACUACUUCGGCCCUGUAGCAGCGGUUACGUCCCACUACAAAUCUCUGGGUCACCAAGUGCCUGUGCAUGUCAACCCAGCGGAAUUCUUGCUGGAACUUGUUAACACCGAUUUUACAACCGAUAAAGACACAGCUUCACGCCAGUUAGAGGACAUGCAUUUGGCGUGGAUGAACUCGGUUAAAUCUACGGAGCUCAGAGUGUUACUGGACUCGAUUGAGAAAGCGGGAUCUAACGCCGUGAUUGACCUUGGGACUCCGGAGAAGAAGCCAACUCACAUCCGUCUGGUGCUGACACUGCUGCAUCGGUCGUUCCUGAAAAGUUAUCGAGAUGUCGUAGUGUAUGGGAUUCGGUUAAUGAUGUACAUGGGUCUGGCAAUUAUGAUGGGAACAGUCUGGUUGAGGUUGGAUACCUCACAAGAAUCUAUCAUCCCGAUCAUAAAUGCACUGUUUUAUGGUUCUGCGUUUUUGAGCUUCAUGGCUUGCGCAUACUCCCCAGCAUACAUCGAAGACUAUAUGCAAUACAUCAAAGAGAAGAGAAAUGGCCUUUAUGGGGCAACUUCUAUGAUUGUUUCCAACUUCCUUAUUGGCACGCCUUAUCUCUUGAGUGUAGGCGGGUUCAUGGUUCCUCCAACAAUCCUGAAUGUCUUUUACAAAUACGUGUUCCAUUACUGGGACUACCAGAAGUAUGCAUUCGAAAACAUGUUAAUCAAUGAGUUCAGCGAGAGGGUGUAUGUCUGCCAGAAGACAGCAACGGACUGCCAAUUUCAUGUCCAAGAUGACAAAGGAGUUGGGCAUCCGAGACCUGCUAAUGCCAAGAAGGGUACGUACCUGAAGGCCCACCAGAAGUCUCGUGAGAACGCGUGA